AUGGGAUGUUUCGAUUUGAACAAUGCUGAAGAUGGACGAGAUCGUUUCUUUCUCUAUGCUAUGAUCAUCGUUCCAUUUAUUUCAUCGGGCUGUUAUGUAUUCGAUGCUUGGCAUCACUAUGUUUACCAUCCAGAUUCACGCAACUACGAAGGACUUAUGUCUACUAUUGUUAUUGUAUUCAUCUAUCUUCAAUAUUGUGCACCAAUUCAAUCUCGACGAUUAUUGGCUAUCUAUCAUAUUCUAUUAUGGAUAAUCACAGAAAUAGCUAAUCUCGGCUAUUUGAUUUUCUAUAUUCAGAAAGGAACUCCACCAGCAUCAUUAUGUACAUCAAUCACAACACGAAUAUGUGGUUUCUAUAAUGAAUUAUCACGAGUAAUGACAGCAGCAAUCAUUCCUGGUUGUAUAAUAUUUGUAUUUGGUGUGGGUACUAUUCGACAUUUGAAAAAGGUUCGAGUUGCUGUUGGUAUAGCAACAAUACAGAAUAGUCAUUCAUAUCAUCGACUAAGAAAAACCGAUCGACAACUUAUUCAGAUGUUGAUUGGACAAGUUGCAAUGAUUUUCAUCUCAUGGAUACCUCAUGCAGUGCAACGUAUUAAUGUGGUGAUUACAUUUGAUGAUAUCAAAAGUCCUCUACGUUCGAGACAGGAUACAUUGUGGGAUCAAAUUGCAUGGAUCAUAACAACAUUCGAUUGUUCAUUCUCAUUCUAUGUCUAUCUUUUCACUGGUGGUAUUUUGUUCCGACAAACGGUAAGAUCAAUAUUUGGAUGUAGAACAUCAACUUCUAGAACAAGAAUGUUGGACGCAACGAAUCAUGUACAACGAAGUCGUCGAACAUAA